UCUCUAAGGCAUACAGAUGGGUUUCUUCUGGACUCGCAGUGAAAAGAGAACCAAACGGACCCUUAGGUGUGUGAACAGAGCAGCUUUCAGAGCACUUCGAUUUUAAAAGGGUAGGAAGAGGGACACUGAAGAGAUGCCCGCGCUUUGGUACUAGAAAAGGAAAGGACCGCUGAACCAGAAGAGAGAAAAAGGGGAGAGAGAUAAGCCGAAGCUCUUGAGAUCAUCUUCUGAUAGUUUGAGAGAUGUCGAGAUGGGGAAAGAGGAAGGACAAAGGGGGCUUCGCCUCCGAUGAUGACUCCGACCAUGGUGGUGCACCGGCCAAGAAGAACGCUCGGAAAGGUUCUGAUGAUUCCGACGAGAUCGUCGUUUGUGACCUUUCGAAGAAUAGGAGAGUCAAAGUGAGGAACUUUCAAGGGAAGACUAUGGUCGACAUCCGAGAGUUUUACUACAAAGAUGGAAAAGAAUUGCCUGGGAAAAAAG